AUGUAUUAUAAAAGUGUACUUUUUCUUUUUCUCCUGUUUUCGACAUAUCGUUUUUCAAAUGGACAGUGUUCAAACAAACGUGGAUGUUUUCCUAAAGUGAAAGACUUUGUAGCAGAUACAGCAAAUACUGCUAUCACUUUAUCAGCAACAAGUACCUGUUCUGCACCCACACGUUUUGAAGGUUUGGGAACUGCUGAUGGGAAAAAUUUUACGUGUAAUGUGAAUAAUAAAAUAGACAAUGUAAGAGAUAGGAGUCCAUUUUCAUAUGAAGUUGAUGGUAAAACUCUUACUGGCUAUAAUCCCAAUUUAGACACAUAUUGGCAGUCUGGUCUAACAAUAGCUACUGAAGGAGCAGUAGCAACACCACAAGUUUUAGAGUUAAAUCUAGGAUCAAAUUUUACAAUUAAAGAUAUUAAGUUAUACUUUAAGGCGUUAAAUAGUCCAAAAGAUGUAAAGUAUGAUUCCAGACCAAAAGCUAUUUACUUUGAAAAGUUAGACAAAGAUAAUAAUAAUUGGGUACCAUGGAGGUAUUUUGCUGAGAACUGUAAUGAUUUCAGUGGAGUGGAAGAACAGAAAGUAGGUGGUCCUGAUUUAUCAGCAACAUCGGCUUUUUGUGUAAAAGAUGGUCAUAAAAUUGGAGGGAAUGCUGGUGGUGUUCAUAAUGACACCUUUUUUGUUGAAUUUAAUCCUGGUUUAGAAUAUGAUCCUGAGUUUACUGAUAAUAAAGAAGUUGCAGAUCAUUUUGUCACAAGUGGUAUAAGAGUACAACUUCAUAAACCAAACUCUGAUAAGCCAUUACAGUCAUAUUAUGUUGUAUCUGACUUAAGUGUUCAUGGUUAUUGUUAUUGUUAUGGCCAUAGUUCUGUUUGCAAGGGGCAGAAUUCAGAUGAAUGCGAAUGUGAACAUAAUACCAUGGGAGCACAUUGUGAAGAAUGUAUGCCACUAUAUAAUAAUCAAACUUGGAAAAUGGGAAAACGAAAUGAAGCAAAUGUAUGUCAAAAAUGUUUUUGUAAUGACCAUGCUGAAAGCUGUCACUAUGAUGAAGGUAAAGGAUAUGGAGUUUGUGAUAAUUGUUUGAAUAAUACUAAAGGUGAUUUCUGUGAUGAAUGUAUAUCUGGAUAUUCUAUAAACUCUUAUUAUACCAGAGAUAAAACUAAUGAAACUGUCACCCCACCAAAACCUACUGGAACUUGUCAAGAUUCUUCUGGUGCAUCUUAUGAUUGUGGUAGUUACUGUAUACUUUGUGGUUGUAAUCUAGAAGGUACUGUGAAAACAAGUUUAAAUAAUUGUGCUUCCAAUGGUACCUGUGAUUGUAAAACUAACGUUCAGGGAGAGAAAUGUUCAGAAUGUAAGGAUGGUUUUUGGGGAUUGGCUGAAUCUAAUGUUGAUGGCUGUACAGAAUGUGAGCAUAUAUAUUAUAUAUUUACAUAUUAUAUUGAUAAUUACUUGAAUGAUUUACAUAAUAAUAAUAAUAAUAAUGCUGAAACAUUUAAUCUUACUAGUGAGAAUGAAGAUGGUUGUACCCAAUGUGAUUGUGAUCCAGGAGCCUCUAAGUCUAAUAUCUGUGAUGUAACAAAUGGUGGACAGUGUGAAUGUCUUAAUAAUAUUGCAACUAGAGACUGUAGGACCACAGUUACAGGGUAUUUUGCUCCCAAACUGGAUUAUUUCAAAUUUGAAGCAGAAUUUCAGACUGGGAUAUUGGAAGGGAAUAAAGUAGAUAGACCUGGUGAAGGUGUUAGUGAUGGUACAGUAACAGGUCGUGGUUUAAUAUCUCUACCAGCUAGUAAUACCAUUCAGUUAGAAUUUGAUACACAGUUGAAUAAAGAGUUUGAUAUUGUUCUUAGAUAUGAGAGUUCUAGUGCUAUUAAUGGUGUUACUGGUGAUAUUAAACAACUUAAUGGUGUACCAUAUGAAUGUAAUGGUGCUUCAAUAGCAGCUGAUAAAGUGUGGGCUAUACCUGCUGCUAUACCACAAGCUCAAUCUAGAGGUGGUUUGAUAUUAGCUCGUGUGUGUGGUAGACUCAACCAGAAAUAUACCUUAACAUUAACUACUACAGCAGCUUCCAGUCUUCUCAUAGAUUCUAUUGUUGUUUUACCUGUGUUAGAGACAUUACAAAUAUACACUAGUGGUGAUGAUAAGAUGAAACAAAAAAUAACAUCAUGUCGCGAGGCCUCAUUUGGUGUUAAUAUGCCAAACCGUCAAAGUUUAAAUUGUACAGAACUAGAAUACUCUAUUAUGACUCAGUUGAUUGGUGGAGCAAUGCCAUGUAAUUGUAAUAGUGAAGGUAGUGUAUCUACUGCUGUUUGUAAUCAAUAUGGUGGACAAUGUGACUGUAAAGAAGGAGUAACUAUGAGAGAUUGUUCUAUUUGUAGGGUAGAUUCUUAUGGUAUUGAUAUUACAAAUGGCUGUACUUUAUGUAAUUGUAAUGUAGGGGGAUCUAUAAAACAAUCAUGUAAUAUGACUGGUGACUGUUCUUGUAAAACUAAUGUAACAGGAAAACAAUGUGAUCAGUGUCUACCAGAUCAGUAUGGUCUGAGUUCAGGAAAUGGAUGUCAAGAUUGUACUUGUAAUAUGUUGUAUUCUGUCAACAAUACAUGUGCUGAUAGUGGACAGUGUAUCUGUAAACCAGGAAUUGGUCAACAGAAUUGUGACCAGUGUUUACCAGGGUUUUAUAAUUUAACUAAUGAUGGUUGUACUGAAUGUGGGUGUCAUGCUGAAGGCAGUAUUAAUAAUGUGUGUGAUUCAGGUACUGGUAAAUGUACUUGCCGAGAAAUGACAACAGGAGAGAAAUGUGAUCAGUGUGUAGAUGGUUAUUUUGGUGUUGGUGGAUGGAGUGAUGAAGGCUGUAUCAAAUGUCUAUGUAGUGGACAUUCCACUAACUGUUCAACUGGUCAAGGAUGGUUUCAGGCAGUGAAAUCAAGUGCUUGGUCAAUAAAAGAUGAGAGUGCUGUAGAUGAACGUUGGUUAGGUGUGGACAGUGAAGGCAACAGUAUUACUGUAGAUGAUGAAUAUGUUGGAAUAGAUAUUGUUAUGAGAAUUACAAAUACUGCUAAAUAUCUAGAUGCAAGUCAUCUAUAUUUUAAAGCACCAGCAAAGUACAUGGGUGACAAGCGUAGUGCUUAUGGUCAAUAUUUUACUAUGAAUCUACGUCUGUCAACCCAUGAUGAACUUCUUGGUAACUAUACAGAAGGUGAUAUCUGUAUUAGAGGGAAGUAUACAGACUUUGUUCUUGCUAAAGAUAUUGCAUUACCUGGUACAGAAAAAACAACUUAUAAUAUAACAAUGAAAGAAAGUGAGUGGUAUAUCAAUGGUACUGAUAAAGUUAGACCAACCUAUACACAGUUUAUACAAGUUCUCUCAGGAAUUGAUUUUAUUAAAGUCAGAGGAAAAUGGAGCAAUGCCACAGAUGCUGAAACCGACCUAUAUGAUUUUGAUCUCUAUAUUUCUAGUAAAACUAACACCACUGGUAGUCAACCUAUUAAUAAUGUAGAAUCUUGUUACUGUCCACCAGAAUAUCAGGGAGAAUUUUGUGAGCGUUGUGCAGAUGGUUUUAAGAGAGAGAAAGCCAAUGGUGGACCAUUCUCUAAAUGUAUUCCAUGUGGUUGUAAUGGCCAUAGUGCUGGUCCUUGUGAUGAUACAACUGGUAUAUGUAAUUGUACACAUAAUACUAAAGGAGACAAGUGUCAACUAUGUAUGGAUGGUUACUUUGGUGAUGCCACAACUGGAACAGCAAAUGAUUGUAAACCAUGUAUGUGCCCUGGUAAUGUAGUACAAGGAGAUGUGAAUGUAUUUGCUACAACUUGUCAACUUGAUAAUGGUAAUCAGAAAUGCAUUAAUUGUUCAGAAGGUCAUGGAGGAAAUCGCUGUGAGAUCUGUCUGGAAAAUUAUUACGGAGAACCAGAAAAUGCUCAGGUAAAAGGAGGUAAAUGUGUACCAUGCGUAUGUAAUGACAGAGCUGAUACAUGUAAUACAACAACUGGUGUAUGUAUUGACUGUAGAAACAAUACAGCUGGUAAAGAAUGUGAUAUCUGUACAGAGAAAUAUUUUGGUGAUGCUAUGACAUAUGAUUGUAAACUAUGUAGUUGUGAUUCUGUUGGAUCUGAUGGUAAAUGUAAUGCUGCUACUGGACAAUGUGAAUGUUAUCCAAAUGUACAAGGAUUUAAUUGUGAUCAAUGUGUACCCAAUUCAUUUAAUUUAACAAGUGGUACUGGUUGUCAGAUGUGUGAUUGCCAUGCUGAAGGAGCUAUAGGUUUAUCUUGUGAUGUUAUCACAGGACAAUGUACUUGUCGUUCUAAUGUUAUCAAUAGACAAUGUGAUGCCUGUCAAGCUCAGUUCUAUAAGUUAAAUACUGUAACAGGCUGUGAUUCCUGUGGAUGUACUGAAGAAGGAACAGCUGAAGCUACAGUAACUGGUGGUACUAAAGGUGUUUGUAAUUUAAUUACUGGUGACUGUACUUGUAAACAACCUGGUAUUAUAGGUCGUACAUGUAAUACUUGUUCCAAAAAUACAAAAGAAACAUACUCAGGCUUUGUCAGUGUGUUCAAUAUUGGAAAGUAUCCCAAUUGUGUGUUAUGUGGAGAAUGUUUUGAUGGCUGGGCACGGAAAAUGGAUAAUAUUGGACUUGAAUUUAAUGAUGUAGAAAAGAAAACUAAUGAUAUUUGGGCAAAUUAUGGUUUUAAAACAGGAGAGUCUGUAACCGAUGAUUUAAAUAAUAUUAAAACUAGUAUACUAAAUGCCAAUGAAUCUGUAUCAAGAGCUGAAAACAUUACCAACAUUGUUAAUAAUUUAACACAAGAACUAAACAUGGUUGUCAAUGAAGUUAACCAACUGAGUACUAUGUUAAUGGAUAUUGAAACAAGAUUGAAUAGUUCUAUAGAAUCUCUAGCCUCUGUUGCUUCUUUUAAUGGUGACAUUGAAAUAGACAAUAUUACAUAUACUGCUGAGUCAUUGGAUACAAAAUUAACAGAACUGACCGAUCAGAUUAAUGCUGCUUAUGAUAAAGCUAACAAAUCAUUUAUUCAUAUACAAGAGUUGUCUGUUCUGGUUGGAUCUGCUGAUCAGACAACACAGCAACUGAGAACUAGAGUACAGACGGCCAUGUCAACUCUUACUGUAGCCGAACAAACUUUCAAUACAGCUUCUACAGUUUAUAAUGAUACCUUUCUACCAGGAUAUAAUGAGAACGAAAAGAGUUUAUCCGAUGGUAAUCAGGCAUUGACAUCAGCAAGAACCUUGUUGACAGAACUGAACUCCAUCAUCACUGAAAUGACAACUCAGUUUGAAUCAGCUAACACCACAAUGAAUACAGUUAUACAGAAAACAGAUGAGGUCAAAACAAGACUUGAGACCAAAUUACAAGAGAGUCAAACUGCUUAUUCUGAUGCUAAAGGUCUGUCAACUAUUGCAACUGAAGCUUUUAAUCUAGUUCGUCAAUAUAAGGCUGCAGCAGACAAAGCAUUUAAUGAUAUUACUGGAGCAUUUGUAGCUGUAUUAGAUGGUUCUAAACAACUAAUUAAUAUCAAUAAUAAAAUAGCAGAUAUUAAAACUAUGGUGGUACAAGUUAAUGAUGUCACAAUUCGUGAUAAAUCAGAGCUAGAAGUAAUCACUACACAGAUACGAGAGACCACUAUAUCUGAUGCUGAUGUAGCUCAAGCCAAUCAGAAUGCUCAAAAUGCUUUAGAGACAGCUAAAAAUGUGCUCAAUAUCACUGAAAAGGCUCUAGAUGAUUCAAGAACAGCUCUAGAAGAAGUUAAAGGUAUACAGGAAAAUAUUAAUGAUGCUUCCAAUUUAAGAGCUAAUGCUACAACUUUAAAAACUGAAACUGAUUCCUUUAAUAAUACAAUCUACAAUGCUAUAGGCCAGGCAUCCUCUAAAGUGAGUGAAGUUGGUCAGCUAGUAACUAAAACUACAGCAGAAGUAACUAAUGUACAAAGUUUUAUAGCUAAGACUAGUCAGUGUUAUAGUGAUGCUAAAAGUAGAUCUGAAUCUAGUAGAAAUACUGCUAAUGUUGCUUUACAACAAGCUAAAGAAGUUGAAAAGCAACAAGGAGAGUAUACAGCCACAGAGACAGCAUUAAAUACAGAUGUAGAUUCCAAAAGUACCAACCAAGCAGUGAGUGAACUACAAACAACUAAAACUAGCUUGGAUAAUGUUAUCGGUGAUUUGUCUAAAGCUCAACAAAUAGCAGAUAUAACAAAUAUGAUAACUCUCUAUGGAGCACAGAAAACAGAAAUGAAUCAACUACAGACAGAUAUCAAUAAUUUAGAGAAAGAAUUGGAUGAUAUGCUACAGGCCUUAGAAUUAACAUCAGAAUCUUCAACAUGUGUACAUUCCUAA